CCAGCUUCAUAUCAUGACUUCCUUUUGCCUGAUAAUCCUCAGUCUGAUUAUUCCUUUCCUGUCUGCAGUCUUUUCAAACAAUGAUGGAACCUCCGUCGCGAAAAUGGUUACACAAGAUCAAGAUUCGCGUGUUGAGACGGUUUUUGAAGGUACAGAAGAGUACCAGAUACAAAAAACUUCACCAGGCCUUAGGCCAUGGAAGGGUCAAAGAGUCUUGCAUCGCCCACUUCACUUGAGGAAUAUGCAUGGAAUUCUAAGCAUCCUUGGAUGGGGGUUUCUGUUCCCCGUUGGAGUGAUUAUUGCUAGGUACUUCAAGAAAUUCCCGUUGAAGUGCAAGGAAUGGUAUCCUCUCCAUAUUCUGUGUCAAAGUUCAGCUUACAUUUUGGGUAUGGUGGGAUGGGGCAUUGGCAUUUGGCUUGGCAACUCUUCCAAACAUUACACUUUGAGGACUCAUCGCAUUCUUGGUAUCAUUAUUUUUACAUUUGGUACCAUACAAAUGUUUCCCCUAUGCAUGCAAACAAAGAGGGAAGACUUGUAUUGCCGAUGCUGGGAGAUAUACCACCAUCUUAUGGGAUAUGCAUUGAUAGCUCUGAUUGUAGUAAACAUAUUUGAAGGAAUUAGCCACCAAAGUCAUGAAGAAAAAUGGAGGUGGGUGUAUGUGGGAAUACUUGGAAUUUUGGCCUUGAUUUCAGCAGCAUUGGAAAUUUUCAGAUGGAUCAAAUCUAGAGAUAAAUAGGAGAUUGAACUUGAGAAUGACUUGUACGCUUUAAGACCAAUUUAGUUAAGAAAACUUGAAAAGAAAAGGGAUUUCCCUCCAAAGUUUCAUUUGGGAGGAUUUUCUCUUCAAAUUGUAUAAUAAAACUUCUAUCAAAUAUUCUCCUGGUAUAGCUCACUAGCUGGUAUCAUGCUCCUCUUGUAUAUCAUAUUAAAUUUACCUUUUCAUU